CAGACCGACUGUCCACUCCCGACGCGACAACGACGACGACGCUGGGCCAGCCAUGGACGCCGAGCAGUUCAGAGAGUUCGCCAAAGCCACCGUCGACUACGUCGCCGACUACUUGGAGAACAUCCGGGACAGGCCUGUGUUACCUGAUGUUACACCUGGUUUCAUGAGUAAGCUGCUACCAUCUGAGGCACCAUAUGAACCAGACACAUGGCAAGAUGUCAUACAUGAUGUAGAGCAUGUCAUUAUGCCUGGAGUUACACAUUGGCAGUCUCCAAGUUUCCACGCCUUUUAUCCAACAGCAGUUUCCUACCCCGCAAUUGUGGGAGAAAUUCUUAGUGCUGCGAUUUCUGGUGUUGGAUUUAGCUGGAUUGCAAAUCCAGCUAGCACUGAACUUGAGGUAAUAGUCAUAGACUGGCUAGGAAAAAUGUUGGGUCUGCCAUCAGAAUUUCUACCAUCAUCUGAUGGGCCAGGAGGUGGUGUCAUACAGGGUUCUGCGAGUGAGGCUACGCUGAUUGGUCUGCUGGCAUCAAGAGAGACUGCAGUGCGUAAAGCUAAAGCCCUCAACCCACACUUGAAUGAAGCUGAAUUACGAGGAAAAUUUGUUGCUUACAGCUCUAAUCAGAGCAAUUCAUCAGUGGAAAAAGCUGGCCUCUUGGCAGCUGUUCCAAUGAAGUUACUUCCAUCAGACAACAAAUGUCGAAUGCGAGGAAACACACUGUUGAAACAAAUACGUGAAGAUCGUGCUAAUGGUCUCAUCCCAAUAUACGUUGUAGCAACCUUUGGAACAACAGGAACUUGUGCCUUUGACCCAGCUGAAGAACUUGGACCCAUAUGCAAUGAAGAAGGCAUAUGGCUUCACAUAGAUGCUGCAUAUGCAGGUGCUGCCCUAGUUUGUCCUGAGUUCAGGCAUUUAAUGUCAGGAAUUCACUAUGCUGAUUCUUUCAACUUCAACCCACAUAAAUGGAUGCUUACUAACUUUGACUGUUCUGCUAUGUGGUUGAAGGAUGCAACAGAACUUAGCAAGAGUUUCUGUGUAGAGCGCAUUUACCUUGAACACAAGAUGCAGGGGAAAAAACCUGAUUAUAGACAUUGGCAGAUUCCCCUUGGACGACGGUUCCGUGCACUGAAGUUGUGGUUUGUUCUACGCCUGUACGGAAUUCGUGGGAUUCAGGACAUAAUCCGAAAACAUGUGCAGCUGGCCAAAUAUUUUGAAACACUUGUCAGAGCAGAUCCUCGCUUUGAGAUUCCCUGCGACCAAAGUAUGGGUGUUGUGUGUUUCCGUUUGAAGGGUCCUGAUGAGCUGACCAGAGACUUAGUUGCACAGCUUACAGCACGAAGGAACAUUUACUUGAUUGCAGCAACUGUCAAUGAACAGAUUGCAGCACGGUUUGUUGUAUGUAGUACUAUGACAGAAGAGAAGGACAUUGUAAAAUCAUGGCAGGAAAUUUUGUAUGUUGCAAAUAAGAUACUGGACUCCAAUGCUGAUGAUAUGAGUGUUAAAAUUGUAGAAAAGGUUUAAAAUAUAUUUGAAACAUAUGUGGGUCA